AUGCCUACAGAAUUAGAAGAGCUUGUAGAUUUUAUAUCUCACGGCAAUACACAAGUGCGACAAACCGGUAAGCUGGAACGACCCCGCCACCGGAGAACUGUACUGACCUGCGCCCCAGCCGUUGAGAACCUGGUCCCUUUCUCCCUCUCGAAGCCAGAGAUCUUCAAGACGAAUGAGCUUCUGCCGAUCAAAGACCUUAAGUUAUUAGUGCGGGAUUAUCAGCAAAUUGCCAAAGAUGCCAUCACGAUCCUCAUUAACCUCUCGACGGACCGAGAUGUGCUCGAAAACAUCGCAUCGGACAAAGAUUUCAUAAACAUAUUACUGGGGCGUGUAACAAGCCCGUCGGAACCAAACGCCAACCUCCUCGCCAUGCUCCUGGCCAACCUAGCCAAACAUGACGACCUAAAAUCCAUCCUAACCCUCACACGCCCCGCGCCCCCCUCCUCCCUCGCCUCAAGCACCACCGCCAUCGACCAGCUCCUCGACCUCUUCGUCAAAGGCGCAGACGGCACCUACAACAAAGACGCAGACUACGACUACCUCUCCUACCUCUUCGCAGACCUAGCAAAGCAUCCCGAAGGCCGCGCCUACUUCCUCGCGCCGCAAAGUUACGACGGCGUGGUGCCGCUGACCAAAAUCACCGUCUUCACCGAACACAAAUCGGAUAUUAGGCGCAAGGGCGUCGCGUCGACGAUCAAGAACGUGGCGUUUGAAAUCGCGUCCCACCCGGCGUUUUUAGCGGAAGAUGAGAUUAAUAUCCUGCCGUAUUUACUGCUGCCUAUAACGGGCAACGAGGAGUACGAUGAGGUGGAAAUGCUGGAUAUGUUACCUGAUUUGCAGCUCUUACCGCCGGAUAAGAAGAGGGAUUCGGAUCAGAGCGUUAUUCAGACGCAUGUGGAGACGCUGACGCUGCUGACGACGACGAGGGAGGGCAGGGAUAAGCUGAGGGAGGUUAAGGUGUAUCCUGUUAUAAGGGAGACGCAUAUGAGGGUUGAGAAUGAGGAUGUGAGGGAGGCGUGUGAUAGGUUGGUGCAGGUGUUGAUGAGGGAUGAGGAGGGUGGAGAAGAAGUCGAUCAGGGGAUGACUGCGCUGUCGUCGAAUAGGGGGCGGAUAGCGGAUACGCCGCAGCAUCGUGGUGGUGGAGCGGGGAGUUGGGCCAGAGGGCAGGUGGAAGAGGAGGAAGAAGAAGAUGAUGAUGACGACGAUGAUAAGAUAGUAGAAGUGUGA